AUGUCGACUCUGGAUGACAGCAGCUCCGUUGACGAUGACCCACAAAACUCCCAAGCGGGCAACAAGGGCUUGCAUAGUCGCUCGCCUUCGCCUGAUGGAUGCAUUGGUGUGACCUUUGAAAGAGGAUAUUAUCAUUUCGAUCGUAUUUUCAUCAAGCGAAGCCUCAGACCCAGCGAAUUCAAAACCUCACAGAGAGGCCUUCACGUCCCUCGCCUUGGAAAAGAGAGGCUUCAGAACGAAGCCGAAACGCUAAGAUUUAUUCAACGCAAGACCAACAUACCUGUCCCGACAGUGUACGGUGCCUUUGACAUGGACGAUUCGUAUUAUCUGAUUACAGAAUACAUUCGGGGGACACCCAUGUCCCAGCUUUCUGACGAUGAGAAAGAAAUUGUCCGCGAUGAAAUCUCUCAGCACUUAGCCACUCUUCGCGAACUUAAAUCGGACACUAUAGGUGGGCCUGCUGGGAUCGUGAUUCCUCCCUACCGAGUCAUGAGACGCACAGACAAUGACGUGUGGCCCAAGAAGUCAUCUCAGACUACGGAAUAUGUAUUUUGUCACAAUGAUCUAUCUCAACCAAAUAUCAUUGUUGAUCCUGAUACACUGAAGAUACGAGCAAUUAUUGAUUGGGAAUAUGCCGGGUUCUUCCCUCAAUACUUUGAAGCGCCCUUUUACGAACGACUGGGGCCGUCGGUCCCAAUUGGUGGCGAAAAGGAUGAUGUUGAUGAUUUACUCGAAUUCUUGGGACAAUGUUAA